GAGUGUGUUAGAGAAGAAAGAAAGGAAAAAACGUUAAAUAAGAGAGAGAAACAGUUUCAACUAAUGUUGAUAAUGAUGAUUGUGUUUAUGCUGUGAGAAAGAGAGAGAUUCGCCAUAAUAAUAGAUUCUUCGCAUUUUCAAACGCGGAAGAAGAGGAAAUAAUUCACAAAGACUUCUUUAGGGUUUUGAUUUCGUUCUUUACCUUUGAAUCAAUCUCUUCUUUCAUGUGACGUUGAAGCAACCAACACCAUUUUUGCGUUUUACGUACAGUUUUUGCUAAGAAGAAGAAGAAGAAGAAGCGUUCAUUCUUCAUUCGCUUCUUUAAUUUCUCUGUAUUUUCAUUUUGCUGUUUCGACUUCACCGGUUUCGCUGAUUCAGAGAUCGGCGAUUCUUCAUUCACAUACGCCAUUGUUGGUUAUGGGAAGAAUUUGGAUUUCUAAUGUAUUCCUUCUUAAGUAAUGGGAUGCACAGCUGCCAAACUUGCCAGCACAGUGAGCAGGGAUGGAAGUUGCUGCUCUGUUGACUUCUGCCGGAAUUAAUAUCGCCGUGUGUGUGACACUCUUUUCAAUUUAUUCAGUAUUAAGGAAACAGCCCAGCAAUUUUACUGUGUAUUUUGGACGAAGAGUAGCCUCUAAGCGUUCCAAAAAUGUUAAUUUCUGUUUGGAAAGGUUUGUUCCCACGCCUAGCUGGAUAUUGAAAGCAUGGGAAACAACCGAGGAUGAGAUACUCGCCAUUGGUGGCUUGGAUGCUGUGGUUUUUGUCAGGAUACUUGUGUUCAGUCUUCGAGUGUUUGCCAUUGCUGCUGCCGUCUGCCUUUUUUUAGUGCUUCCAGUGAAUUAUCAUGGUAAAGACAGGUUGCAUAAGGAUAUACCUUUGGAGUCGAUGGAUGUAUUUACUAUUGCGAAUGUCCAACAACAUUCAGAGUGGCUUUGGGCUCAUUGUCUCGCAUUGUACGUCAUAACGUUCUCAGCUUGUUCUCUUCUUUUCUUUGAGUAUAAGAGCAUCGCUAACUUGAGGACAUUACAUAUUAUUGGAGCCCCUCCAAGUCCAAGUCUUUUUACGAUUCUUGUCCGAUCAGUUCCCUGGUCUCCUGAAGAAUCAUACUGUGAGACAGUGAAAAAGUUCUUCUCAUCUUACCAUGCAUCGACAUAUUUGUCACACCAAAUAAUCUACAAGUGUGGUACAGUUCAAAAAAUGAAGGAUGAUGCCGAACAUGUUUUUAGAGUACUUAAAGAUGGUACAAUGGAAAAUACCUCCAAGCCAAUAUUUACUCAUUGUUGCUCUUGUGGAGGAAACGCAAAUUCUUUCCAGAUGAUAAAUAUUGAGAGGAAUAGUGCACUUGAGUCAACAACCAACACUAGCUCGGAUUUGGAUAUGAGAAAAAAGGAAUGUGCAGCUGCUUUUGUGUUUUUCAAAAGUCGGUAUGCUGCUCUUCUGGCUUCAAAGAUUCUUCAAUCAUCAAAUCCCAUGCUAUGGGUGACAGAUAUAGCUCCUGAACCCCAAGAUGUUUACUGGUCUAAUAUUUGCAUACCAUAUAGGCAACUUUGGAUCCGGAAGAUAGCUACACUUAUAGCUUCUAUUGCCUUCAUGCUAGUGUUCCUUCUCCCUGUCACAUUUGUACAGGGCUUGACUCAACUAGACAAGCUUCAAAAAAUGUUCCCUUUUCUGACAGAGAUACUGAAAAGCAAAAUGGUGAAUCAGGUGGUGACUGGUUACCUACCAAGUUUGAUCUUGGUUUUAUUUUUGUUUGCUGUUCCACCUAUGAUGAUGCUGUUUUCAUCACUGGAAGGUUGUAUUUCCCGAAGUGGAAGGAAGAAGAGUGCAUGCUACAAAGUCUUGUACUUUUUAAUCUGGAAUGUAUUUUUUGUUAAUGUCUUUACCGGAUCUGUCAUCAGUCAACUCUCAGUCUUCUCAAGUGUAGCAGACCUGCCUGUCCAACUUGCGAAGGCAGUGCCAUCACAGGCCACCUUCUUCACAACAUAUAUUUUUACAUCUGGCUGGGCAAGUUUGGGAUGUGAAAUUAUGCAAAUUUAUCCGCUCCUAUGCAAUUUUAUUCAGAGAUUACUCAAGCUUAAUGAUGAUUCACAGAAUGGAACCCAAAAUUUCCCUUACCACACAGAAGUUCCAAGGAUCUUACUAUUUGGAUUCCUUGGGUUCACCAAUGCUAUUCUGGCUCCCAUAAUGUUGCCUUUCUUAAUAAUCUACUUUUUCCUUGCUUACCUUGUGUACCGAAACCAGUUUCUGAAUGUGUACGUCGCAAAAUACGAUAGCGGGGGACAGUACUGGCCAAUUGUUCACAACACAACAGUGUUCUCAUUGAUCUUUGCUCAAAUUAUUGCACUUGGGGUGUUUGGAGUGAAACAUUCACCAGUGGCAUCUGGAUUCACCUUUCCCCUUGUAGUUGGCACUUUCCUAUUUCACCAGUAUUGCAGACAACGAUUCCUCCCAUCAUUUAAGAGCAACUCAGCACAGACUGCCAUUGACAUGGAUCGGAGAGAUGAGGAGAGUGGAAAGCUGAGAGAGAUUCAUCAGCACUUGCAUUCAGCCUACUGCCAAUACGGUUUGCUGCAUGACCCGGACCUACCCCGAUGCUUCAGUCAUUGCGACCCUGACGAAGAGGAUGCUCAGUUUUCUCCACAACGUAGUCUGAAAGGGAAGGAGAUUCUUAAAAAAGAGAAAUCAGGGUCUUUCCAUCGCACUUCGAGUACCAAAGCAGUAGUGCUUGGUGGGAUGUAAAGUUCUUCGCCUUGUACAUUGUAUAAGAAACAUUCCCGUGUUUUAUUCUUUUUGAGUUGUAAAUAUUUUUUGUUUAGAUAUUAACUUCCUCUAAAUCCGACUAUGUAAAGAAAAAAAAAAGGUAGUAGUCAAUUCCAGGCAGCUUAAAAAGAUAAAAACAUGAGGAGGUAAUGUAAUGGCUUACAAAUGUCAAUACCUUCAAUGCGAGAAGGGGAUAAAAACUAGCGUUCCUUUUGUCUAUACAUUUAUAUUUAU